AUGUCCAUCAAGAGAUCUUAUUCUCCUUCAAUUGACGAUAUUCGUCAAUACAACAUCAAAAAACAACGAAUUCUUGAUGAUUUAGAUAAUCUAUCACUUGGUAACAAAACACCAAGAACCAACAAUCCACAACCAAUUUCUACAAGAGAUAGGGAAUUCAUACCAGAUAUAGAUGAUUUCCUGGUACAUAAUCAAGAUGAUCAAGAUAUUUUGGAAAGUUCAAGUGAAGUUUUAGAUCUUGAACAUUAUAAUAAUUCUCAAUUGUUAAUACCCAAAAGUUUAACCAAAUUGAAUAAGAUUAGUUAUAAUGAUGCCAAAUUUAGUUUUGAAAGGAUCUUGAAUCGUAAGAAAUUCAAUCAGAAACUAGAAGGAUUCCAAGGAAAUUUACAAAUUUCAAAUGAUGAUAUAUUAUGGGAUAAUGAAAUUUUAAAAUUUUGGAGUUUGAUUAAAUAUUGGGAACCAAACUUGAUGAUUUAUCAAAUUUGGGAAGUUUGGUAUUUUAAUGUUUAUAAAUUAAAUCAAUUUGAUGAGGAGUUUCAAAGUAGGAUUGAAAUGUUACCAGAUGAUUAUCCUGUGGAUCAAAAUCAUCCAAUGGAAGAUCAAGAGGAUCAAGAUUUAAUGAUUGAUGAUAUUUAUGAAUUGAAUGAAUUUAAUGAAAAACCCAAACAAGAAUACAACUAUAAUGAAACUUAUGAACCAACACCUUAUAUAGAAGAAGUUCAAUCUAUGGACCCUGAAGAUUCAAUGGAUAUAGAUUAA